AUGCGGUUCCCGUUCGCAAUUCUGCUUUUGGCAGCCCAUACUCUAGCUGCUGAUGUGUCCCGGUUCACCAAUAUCGAGUGUGAAUCGCUGGAUCCAUCGCGAUUGACAUUCCAGCAAUGCAAUCUCAAAAUGCUUGGUCGUGGCAUCGUCGGCUUGAAUAUAUAUGCGACCUUGAUAAACAAACCUUGGGACAAUAUGAAGGUUUCUAUUAGUCUUUGGCGAAAAUACAACGGAUAUCAUCCAUUCCUUGUUAAUUCAACUUUUGACCUAUGUAAACUCAUGGCGAAGCCGACACAAAAAAUGUCAUUCGCAAAGCUAUUUAUGAGCUACAUGUCGGAAAGCUCAAACUUUAAUCACUCGUGCCCAUACGAAAAUGAAUUAAUUGUGCGCAACAUGAUAUUCAAGGAGGAGUAUUUGAAGUUUGCCCCAUUGCCGCAUGGCCACUAUAAAUUUCAGUUUAUGUCUGCCACCAACAACGAAUGGAAGUCCAUUAUCAAUGCACAUAUAUUACAUGUUUCAUCGUAA